AUGUUUUGUUCACUGGACUGGGAAGAUCAGUUUCCAGGAUGUCUCUUGCAGUGUGAUGCUUCAACUGGUUCAGAUCAUUGUCCCCUGAUUCUUGGGCUGAAGGAUUUUAUUAGCUGCAAGAAAAGAAUUCAUUUCGAAGCCUUCUGGCCUUCUCUGGAUGGUUUCCAAGAAGUAGUGAAGGAUGCUUGGAACACUGUACAACCUAGUACCUGCCCACUUGAUACCCUCGCUCUGAAACUCAAGGCAACAGCCAAGAGGUUACAAAGCUGGAGUCAGAAGAAAUUUGGUCACUUCAAGUCCCAAUUGCUCAUGGCAAAAGAGAUCGUCCACCAUCUUGAUAUUGCUCAAGAAAGCAGACCACUUCAGCCUAAUGAGUUAUGGCUACGCAAUAAUCUCAAGAAGCAUUCACUGGCGCUUUCUUCUCUGCUGAGAACAAUAUCAAGACUCAGGUCCAGGAUGAAUUGGCUAAAGGAUGGGGAUGCCAACACAAGGCUUUUUCAUCAUUAUGCAUGGUAUAGAAAAAAGAAGAAUUUCAUCCCCAAAUUGCAUGUUGGAGAUCAGGUUUUCACAAAGCAUGAGGAUAAGGCAGCUGUUGUUCUAGAUUUUUAUGAUAGUCUCAUUGGGACUGAGUACGAUAGAGGGAGAACUAUCAACUUGGACACCCUUGGCAGCCCUGGUUUUGAUCUUAAAACUUUGGAUUCGCCUCUCUCAGAAGAAGUGUGGAACACCAUAAAGGGGAUGCCGCCUGAUAAGGCUCCUGGACCGGAUGGGUUCACUGGCAGGUUUUAUAAAAGUUGUUGGGCAGUUAUCAAGAAUGACGUCAUGGCAGCACUUCAUUUUCUUUGGACCGGAAAUUUUAGAAAUCUUAAAAAACUGAAUUCUGCAUACAUCGCUCUGAUUCCAAAAAAAGACCAAUGUCGUUCAAGUCAAGGACUAUAG